AUGAUAAAUAUUGAGGUGAUAGCCCCUACAAUGGAAAUUCAAACACCAUCUGACACAGUAGUACACACAGAGUUGAAAAUCCUGGCAGAACCCAAUGUGGCGAUGCUAGUGUCCAGUCGUUUAUGCGGACCAGCAGGAUACGACCAGCAGGAUACGGACACGGUGGUAAUAACCGCGAACACGGUCAAACCUAUAGACGCCGUUCACUUUGGUGCCGUAUUAAAAAAAAAAAAAUUGGGUGUGUGA